AUGGCCGCCAAGCGACGGGCGAUGGGGCGGCGCGUCGGGCGAGAAACCGAGAUGACCCACCAGCCCCGAACGCGGUUGAGCCGCAAAGCCGUAAAUAACAGCUUGCCCGAAUCAGACCCGCCCUCGACUUGGGCCGCAACCCCCGCCCAGUUACUCAACAGGUUGCCCAGCCACCAUCACCCUCCCCCCCCCGCCACAUACCGACGUGAGAUUAGCCCCUUCACCAGAUGCAUCUGCUGGCCGACCUAUCAUUUUCUCGACCCGCGAUCCCGCUGGCCGUGCACCAGCCUCAGCCUCGCUCCGUGUGUGUUUGUCUGUGUGUCUGUGUGUGUGUCUGUCUGUCACGUAGGGUUGAGCGUGUUGAACAGGCGCACAUUGAUUUGCGCAUGCGAGGCUAGAGUAGGACACAGUAUGAUUGCUUGA